AUGUUGAUGUUGCACUGGACUCCAUACAAAGACAUCAUGUUGGAUGAGGAACUGGCUGGAUGGUCACACUCAAAGAGUGUGAUGUCAAAGAGUGCGCGAUGUCCAGAUGGAGACCUCUGGUGGAUCACUGAUCAUCAGCUUAUGAGUGUGAAACUGAACCUAUGCCUGGGGGUGCCAUCAAAGGAGGAUCAGGCUGUGAUCACCCUGUACCCAUGUAAUCGAACGAGUGAGCUCCAGUGGUGGGAAUGCAGAAAUGAAAGCCUCCUUGCAAUCCAAGGAGAAGAUUUGUUUUUCAGUCCUGGCAAAGAAGAACAUGAUCAAGUUUUUUUAAAGAAGGGCCUGAGUGCAAAGAAUAAGUGGAAUAUCUAUGGGGCCAUGGAUGUUUUAUGUUCCCAGGGAUGCGAAGAGAUCUUCACACUGCUAGGAAAUGCUUUUGGGGCCCCCUGUGUGUUUCCUUUUAUGUACAAUAAACAAUGGUACAGUGGGUGCACGGAGGCGGGCCGGGCUGAUGGCUGGCCCUGGUGUGCCACCACUGCAAACUACGACACAGACCAGCGAUAUGGAUUUUGCCCAUCAAAAGAUAAAGACACCACCUGGGUCACAGAUCUGUUAACAAAUGUCCAUUACCAAAUAAACUCUGAAUCCGCUCUCACAUGGCACCAAGCCAGGAAGAGCUGUCAGCAGCAAAAUGCAGAAUUACUGAGUAUCACAGAUAUUCACGAACAAACAUACCUUAAAGAGUUAACAAAAGACACAGAUUCUGCACUGUGGGUUGGACUCAACAGACUGGACUUGAGGAGUGGAUGGGAAUGGAUUGGAGGCACCCCUUUCCAGUACUUAAACUGGGCUCCAGGAAGCCCCUCCCCAGAAUCUGGAAAACUCUGUGUGGUUUUGAAUCCUGAAACAAAAGCUAAAUGGCAAAACUGGGAAUGUGACCAGAAACUCGGUUACAUCUGUAAGAGAAGAAACUUUGCCUCAGCUCCCUCAGGCUGAUCUCCAGUCCCACCACACACAGGAG